UAACCUCAGACCCCAGUUAGUUUAAUUUAAACAAAAUUAUAUAAAAGAGGGCCAUAAUUCAAUUUUAUUUAAAAGCAAACGAGUCAUUGGGUACGUUAUUGUUAAAAAUAGUUUUAAGAAACAUGAAAUAUUUUGUUGUUGCUUGUGCCCUUUUUGCAGUUGCUUUGGCAGCACCUCAAGAGCACCAUCACCACGAUCAUGCUGACGUCCAUGGCAUGAAGGCAGUCCACGAAAAAUGCCAAAAUGACCCUGCCACUCAUCUAGAAACAUCCGUGUUAGAAGAUCUUCGUAAGAACCGUAAUAAUGCCCAGCUGCCACCCAACUUUGGCCUACACGUCCAAUGUAUGAGCAAGGGCAUGAAUCUCAUCCAAGAAGAUGGCAAAGUGAACGUCGAGGGAGUGAAAACCCAUGUAGGACACGUCGAGAAAGACCAAUCUAAGGCUGACAGCAUUGUUCAGGAAUGCGCACAAAACAAGGAGAACGAGAAGGAAACCUCUAAGCAUGUAUGGGAAUGCUUGCACAAGAACCACAUCUUCAGCGGACCCCAUCAUCAUCAUCACAGCGACGAGAGCAGCGCCAGCAGUGAAAGUGAGGAGCACCAUCAUCAUUAAAUCAUUUUCGAGCUUUAAAAGUAAUUAAAUAAAUAAUCGUAAUCGGAUAAAA